CAGUCCAAAACUCCAGAGCGACGGGAACCCACCACCACUCUCUCGCCCGAACCAGACGCCGCACCGCACCCGCACCCGCACAGCCCAUCGGCGACCUCGCCGGAGAAGAGAGAAGAAGGUGAGAGAUGGAGGCGGCGGCGGCGGCGGCCGGCGUGCAGCUGGGCACCUCGAAGCCGCAGAUCGCGACCCAGGCGGAGAUGGCGGAGGCGCGCCUGCCGAUCCCCUACCGCGACCAGUGCGCGCACCUCCUCAUCCCGCUCAACAAGUGCCGCGUCGCCGAGUUCUACCUCCCCUGGAAGUGCGAGCCCGAGCGCCACUCCUACGAGAAGUGCCAGUACGAGCUCGUCAUGGAGCGGAUGCUCCAGAUGCAGAAGAUCCGCGAGGCGCAGGCGGGCGCCAAGGUCAAGGGCAGCGUCACCAUCGGCGUGCCCCUUGCCCCCUCCACCGCCAAGCUCGCCUGAUCCGUCAGAUUCAGGAUGGGUUGGUCAUGGGAGCUCGAAGGGCGCGGUGCUUGCAAGGAUCAUCAAUGUUGUUCUUGUAUGAACAAAACAUGUGUUCUGUUUGAAUUAAUUCCCGUCUUGUUUCCUCCUGCCUUUUUUCUCUUUUGGUGCGAGCACCUACCAGUUUUCUUCUUGUUAAGUGUGAUGAUGCAAUAAGGAACUAGAUGUUUAUACUCGUUGAGUGAAAUGACACCUUGAAGUUUUGAAUGCAA